AUGAAAUCAGAAGAACUUAUUCGCUUGAAAAGUUACUUUCUUAAGAAUUCCCGUGUUAAAGAUUUCUCUGGUUAUGGGGGGAAAAUACAUACACUUGGGUGGAAUAGCAGUGGGUCGAGAUUAGCAUCUGGAUCAUCAGACAAGCUUGUAAAUAUAUACUCACUGGAAUCCACAAGAUUAACAAAAGUACAUAGUUUCCGAGGUCAUAAUGAAAGCGUAGACCAACUUUGUUGGCACCCAUCAGAUAAUGAUGUUGUUGCAACUGUGGGUGCAGAUAGUGCUAUUCGUUUGUGGGACUGUCGGACCAAAAAAGAUCCAAUCACAGCACAAUGUAAAGGGGAGAACAUUAAUUUGGCAUGGUCACCGGAUGCACGUUACAUCGCUGUUGGUAGCAAAACAGAUUUGGUUUCAUGGUUUGAUUUGCGUGCUGGUUUCAAAGUGGUACAGGCGGAACAGUUCACUUCAGAAAUUAAUGAAUUCGCCUGGAACCCUAGCGGGGAAGCGUUUCUUUUAACUACUGGUCUUGGAAGUAUAUUAGUCUACAGUGGGAAACCAGGUGACAUGAAACGUGAAGCAAGUAUCCAAGCUCACCCAGUCAAUGCAAUGUGUCUUCAAUUUUCACCAACAGGUCAUCAAUUUGCUGUUGGUAGUGCAGAUGCUCUGGUGUCCAUUUGGGAUGCAGAUGAAUUUGUUUGCCUACGUACAUUAUCUCGCUUAGAAUGGCCAGUACGCACUUUGGGAUUCUCUUAUGAUGGCAAGUUAAUUGCUGCAGCUAGCGAAGAUCAUUUCAUUGAUAUUGGCCAUGUACAAACAGGUGAACAAGUCUAUCAAGUUGGGACACAUGCAUCGGCUACAUUUGUACUUGCUUGGCAUCCUCGACAGUAUUUGUUGAGUUAUUCAAGUGAAGCGAAAUACGAACGAGAUCAAGGUGUUAUUCGAUUAUUUGGUUUAGUGAAUGAUGAUUUAUAA